UCUUCACCUUCUGCAUGGAACAGGACACGCAGCGCUCCUGGACAGAUUACCAAAAACAUUGAAAGGGUUUAAAACCACUCGGAAUCGAACAACAUUUUUUUUAACAAGUUGCUUAUUUUUACUCUCAAUGGGACCCUCCGUCGUGAUUAUCUUUGCGUUAUGCGGUUUUCUCAACGCACAACCGAUGGAGCCGGUGUCGGUGGAGGACUGCUGUAAGGACGGGAGAGAGCGGGGGCAGCAGAGACGGGACUGCACAGCCCUGCCCCUCAUUUCAGAAUCCCCCACCUGCAGGAUAGCGCAGGAGCAGUGCUGCGCUGCGGUUCUGGAGGACUCUGCCUGCAUGACGGGCAUAAACACGGCCAAGGACCAGGGCGCCUGCGAGGGCCUGCUCUCCAACAGCCCCUGUGAGACCAGAACCGCCAAGAGCUGCUGUGACUGCUGCCUGCUGGGGAAAGCUGCCCAGGCGCAGGGUCUGGGCUGUGAUGUUGGCCUGACUGUGGGGUUCCAGUGUGGCCUGGUGCUUCGGGCCUGCUGUGUGGAUGGCUCCCCAGAGGCAGAGACCCCAAAUUCCACAAAUACCACUACUAUAGUCUCAGCCAAACAGAGCUUGACCCUGAACGCCGGGGAUGACCCUCUCCUGCCUGACCAAUGCAAAGGAGCUGGAAAGUGUGAGCAGAGGUGUACAGGUAACGGCACCUGCAGCUGUUUUGAUGGGUACAAACUGAGACCCAACCAGAGGAGCUGUGAAGACGUUAACGAGUGUCUGCUGGGCUCCCAUCACUGCCGGGUCGGAGAGCGCUGCAUCAACACCCUGGGCUCAUAUCGCUGCCAGCGAGAGGUCAGCUGCGGGACAGGCUACGAGCUCACCGACACAAAUAACUGCAAAGACAUCGAUGAGUGUGAGACUGGAACCCACAACUGCGUGGCGGAGUUUGAGUGCCAGAACACGCUGGGCUCGUUCCGCUGCCGGCCACGGGGGAAGUGUGGGGAAGGAUUCAUCCAGGACGCGCUGGGCAGCUGCAUCGACAUAAACGAGUGUGUGAGCGAGAUGGGUCCAUGUGCAUCUGGGCAGGUGUGUGUGAACACUGUGGGCUCAUACACCUGCCAGCGGAACACCGUCAACUGUGGCCGCGGCUACCACCUGAGCGAGGAAGCCAUGCGCUGCGUGGACGUGAACGAGUGCGCCCUGGGGCCCGUCUCGCCCUGCGAGGGACACUCCUGCGUUAACAUGGUGGGGACUUUCCGCUGUGACUGCAAGCCUGGGUUCAACUUCAACAGCCUAACGCGCUCCUGUGAAGAUAUCAAUGAGUGCAGGCACUUCCCCGGCCGCCUCUGUGCACAUAAGUGUGAGAACGUGCAGGGGUCCUACCAGUGCAGCUGCAUGGGAGGAUUCCAGCUGGCCGCCGACAGCAGGAACUGUAACGAUCUUAACGAGUGUGAGAGUAAUCCCUGCAGUCAGGAGUGCGCUAAUGUGUAUGGCUCCUAUCAGUGCUACUGUCGCCGUGGAUACCAGCUGAGUGACAUCGACGGUAUCACCUGUGAAGACAUAGACGAGUGCGCUCUGCCCACAGGGGGGCACAUCUGUGCGUACCACUGCAAUAACACCCCCGGGAGCUUCCAGUGCACCUGCCCCGCCCCCGGCUACACCCUCGCCUCCAACGGCCGCAGCUGCCAUGACAUAGAUGAGUGUGUGACAGGGACCCACAACUGCUCGGACGCAGAGACCUGCUUUAAUGUGCAGGGUGGAUUUCGCUGCCUGGCCUUUGAGUGCCCGCCCAACUACCGCCACGCUGGCGACACGUCCCAGGGUAGUCCGGCUGACACAGUCCGUUGUGGGAAGUCCUGUCUGCCCAAUGACAUCGCCUGCAUCCUGGACCCGGUCCACUCCAUCUCUCACACCUUCAUCUCCCUGCCCACCUUCCGCGAGGAGCCCCUCCUGGAAGAGAUAGUUUUUCUGAGAACUGCAUCACCAGCCCAGGCAAGCAGCUCCGACAUCAUCUUCAACAUCCUGGAAGGAAACCUGCUGGGCUCCUUCGACAUCAUCAAGCGUUUCGAGAAUGAACGAAUCGUGGGUGUGGUGCGGCAGGUGCGGCCUGUCACCGGGCCCGUGGACCUGGUGCUGAAGCUCGCCUUGAACUACGUCUCGUCCGGCAUCGUCUCACACCAGAACAUCAUCAGCGUCCACAUCUUCGUCUCCGAGUUCUGGUUCUGAGCAGCCCGUCCGUUCCAGGAGACGGGAUGAAAUCCUGUUCAUUAAUGAGGACACAUUACGAACAGACCACUCUCUCACUGACAGUGUGCCUACCACAGCACCGCUCUGUGUUUCUGUACCACUGAGUACAAACAGGGUUUCCCAAGCCUGGUCCAGGGGCACCCCUGCAUGCUGGUUCCCAUAGCAACCUUAACAGUAAUUCCUAAAGGGGCGCUACUCCAGGUUAAGGGUCGGGAACCCCCGCAGUGUGACAGAGUGCACAUGUAUGUGAGUGACACACUACACGGGUAUAUGCACUGCAUGUAACUGCCACUACUAUUUAAACCUAUAAAACACUAUUAUGAAUAGAUAUACGAGAUGCUUUUCCUGCCUUGGAUUUGAUGUUUCUGUUCAUAUGAACUUGAAGAGGAGAAGGGAGAAAGACAUGGAAUAAGUUAUAUAGCAUCAUCCUAUGAGUGUGUGUGCUUUUCUGUGAAUGUGUGUAUGUUUGUGCGUGUGUGUGAAUGUGUGUGUGUGCGUGCGUGUGUGUAAAUGUGUGUGUGAG